AUGGCAAACACAAGGACCAUGGCUGCAGCAGUCCUGCGCAAUUCGGCUCGCCCGCUCGUCGCCUCGCCCCGUCUCUUCACACCUGCCUCGGCCUCGCUCUUCUCGACAUCGACCGCCCGCCUCGCCUCUGGCUCCGGUGCCCCCGUCCAGGGCUACCGUAUGCCCGCCCCUGCACGAUGGGACCAACAGAAGGAGAGCACCGCCGAUAGACUCGGCAACUACUUCCUGCUUACCGAGAUGAUGCGCGGCAUGUACGUCGUGCUCGAGCAGUUCUUCAGACCUCCUCCUCGUUUCCGUGGCGAGCACGCCCUGCGCCGCUAUCCUACCGGUGAAGAGCGAUGCAUUGCCUGCAAGCUGUGCGAGGCCAUUUGCCCCGCCCAGGCCAUUACCAUCGAGGCCGAGGAGCGUGAGGACGGAAGCAGAAGAACCACCCGCUACGAUAUCGACAUGACAAAGUGCAUCUACUGCGGUUUCUGCCAGGAAUCCUGCCCCGUCGACGCCAUCGUCGAGUCACCAAACGCCGAAUACGCUACCGAGAGAGCUGCUUUACAACAAGGAGAAGCUUUUGAUGAAUGGGAGCCCGAACUGGCUGCUGUUGCCAGAGCUGACGCCCCUUACCGAUAA